AAAAUUUUCAUUGUUUCCCUUUCAACAAUUGACAUGAGUGUAUAUACAAUAAAACCCUUUUUUUUUUUUAACCUCAAGAAAAUAUAUAUCAUGAUUUACAUGUUGACAAAUAAUGCUAUACAUUAUGUUGAUGAUGAAUGUCCAUACACCAUUGUGGGAAGAAGAGCAAUCAAUUGCAGUGCAGGGAAGGAUUAGACAGGGCAAUGGCCAAAUGGAGAUGGUUGAUAUCAAUGGUGGUGCUGGAGUCUGGACCCAUAUACGUGGGAUUAAUCGGCAACUACCAUGAUUGAGUCAUGUGAGCUACGCCAAGAAAUGGUGUACAAUAUCUCCAAGGAUACUUGAAGACUGAAGAGAAGAAGAAGAAGGAAUUCAUUUCCUCAUUGACUACAGCACAUACAAAACAUAUAUCCAUCCCCUCAUACUCAGAGGCUGGUGUGGUUGUAGUAAAAGAAGAAAUAAGUGUAGGUUUGAGUAUUAUAGUACUCUUCAGUUGGCACAACAUCCCUUAUUCAAAAUGGAAUCAUUAGGGGCUCAAAUUCAUUUCUCACUCCCACAGAACAUGUAUACAUAGAUAUAUACAUCUGAUCUGUUCGUAUGUAACUAUGUAUGUAUGCAUACACACACCAGUGUACACCAAAUCUUCUAAAGAUGUGAUCAUCAUCAUAUAAACCAAGGGUUUGUUAAUGUGAUAAUUGGGAAAUAGCAGAAAGUCUAAAAGUGUCUGCUUAAAACAAUGAAAGCCAAAUAAAUAUAUUCUAUUUCCAAAUAGAAUGUGAGAAAAGGAUGAGAAAAUGUCAAAUGGAUGAAUACAAAAAAUACCACCACCAUCAUCAAUGUCAUCGAAUGUAGAGAGAAUUUAAAUGGGAUAGAUGAUGGGGUUUUUCCAGGCCUUCAAUAUUAAAUUUGACUCUUAGAU